ACGCGCGCGCGCGCUGCUGGAGCCAGCGGCUGGGGAGGGGCGGUGACGCCUCGCUGAGCGGGCCACCUCACGCCACCCGGUUCUGGGCACCCGGACGCUGGAGACCGUCGUUGCGCAGGGCCCCUGGGUAUUCGGGGGAGUGCCAGCGAGAGUCGGCGACGGCCGCUUCCUCGGCGUGGGGCGGGUAGAAGUGAAGCGUGAGCUCGUGGCCCCCGCCUCAGGAGCCCCGGGAGCCCGAGUGGCCGCGUAGAAAUGAAUACCGAAGUGGAACAACAGCUUCUUCAUCAUGCCAGAAAUGGCAACACUGAAGAAGUAAGACAACUAUUGCAAAGCAUGGAGAGGAAUGCAGCAGUUGCUGACAUUAAUUGCAAAGGAAGAAGUAAGUCUAAUUUGGGCUGGACACCUCUUCAUCUGGCAUGCUAUUUUGGACAUAGACAAGUGGUCCAGGACUUGUUGAAGGCUGGUGCAGAAGUGAAUGUGUUGAACGACAUGGGAGACACGCCACUUCAUCGAGCUGCCUUUACGGGACGAAAGGAGUUGGUAAUGCUUCUCUUAGAAUAUAAUGCUGAUACCACAGUUGUUAAUGGGAGUGGACAGACAGCAAAGGAAGCCACUCAUGACAAAGAAAUCAGAAACAUGCUUGAAGCUGUAGAAAGGACUCAACAAAGAAAGUUUGAAGAAUUACUUUUAGCAGCAGCAAGAGAAGGCAAAACAUCAGAACUCACAGCUCUGCUCAAUAGGCCCAAUCCUCCUGACGUUAACUGUUCGGAUCAGUUAGGAAAUACACCCUUGCAUUGUGCAGCUUACCGGGCCCAUAAGCAAUGUGCCUUGAAGCUUCUAAAAAGUGGAGCAGACCCUAAUUUGAAGAACAAAAAUGAGCAGAAACCUCUUGACCUUGCCCAAGGUGCUGAAAUGAAACACAUUCUUCUUGGUAAUAAGGUCAUCUACAAAGCACUGAAACGAUAUGAAGGCCCACUUUGGAAGAGUUCAAGGUUUUUUGGAUGGAGAUUAUUCUGGGUAGUAUUAGAACACGGAGUCCUUUCAUGGUAUAGGAAACAGCCUGAUGCAGUCCAUAACGUUUAUCGCCAGGGAUGCAAACACCUUACUCAAGCAGUAUGCACGGUAAAAUCUACCGAUAGCUGCCUCUUCUUUAUUAAGUGCUUUGAUGACACCAUUCACAGCUUCCGGGUUCCUAAGAAUAGCCUUCAGCAGUCAAGACAGGCUUGGAUGGAAGCAAUAGAAGAGCAUUCUGCCUACAGCACUCACUACUGCUCCCAGGACCAGGUGACUGAUGAUGAUGAGGAAGAUGCUGUUUCUGCUAUAGAUUUGAGGGACUACUUAGAGGCAGAGUGGACAGUGAGAGAGAGAGACAGAGAGAAAGGUCUUCCUUUGCCAUUGAUUCACCCUCCAAUGGCCGCCGCGGCCGGCGCGCUGUGGCCGGCGCACCCCGCUGAUCCGAUGGCAGGAGCCAGGAGCCAGAAAGCACAAACAUGUCAACAGAGACUAGAUAGAGAAAUUUCCAACUUUCUCAAAAUGAUUAAGGAAUGUGACAUGGCUAAAGAAAUGCUUCCAUCAUUUCUUCAGAAAGUUGAAGUUGUCUCUGAAGCUUCUAGAGAAACUUGUGUAGCUUUGAGUGAUUGCCUUAAUCUCUUCACUAAACAAGAAGGGGUGAGGAAUUUUAAAUUGGAACAGGAGCAAGAAAAAAACAAAAUUUUGUCUGAAGCACUGGAGACUCUGGCCACCGAACACCAUGAACUAGAACAGUCGCUGGUUGAAGGAUCACCACCUCCCAGCAUCCUCAGCGAGGACGAGUUCUACGAUGCACUCUCAGAUUCUGAGUCGGAGCAGUCCCUGAGUAGGCUGGAAGCAGUGACAGCACAGUCCCUGGACAAGGAAGGACAGCACCUGAGCAGUUGCAGACCCAGGAUGUCUGAGGGGAAGGACUGUGGCGGUGGAGAUGCUCUCUCCAAUGGCAUCAAGAAACACAGAACAAGCUUGCCCUCUCCUAUGUUUUCCAGAAAUGACUUCAGUAUCUGGAGCAUCCUCAGAAAAUGUAUUGGAAUGGAACUCUCCAAGAUCACGAUGCCAGUUAUAUUUAAUGAGCCGUUGAGCUUCCUGCAGCGACUAACUGAGUACAUGGAGCACACUUACCUCAUCCACAAGGCCAGCUCCUUUUCUGAUCCGGUGGAAAGAAUGCAGUGCGUGGCUGCGUUCGCCGUGUCUGCUGUUGCAUCCCAGUGGGAACGCACCGGGAAGCCCUUCAACCCGCUCCUGGGAGAGACCUACGAGUUAGUUCGGGAUGACCUUGGAUUCAGACUCAUUUCCGAACAGGUCAGCCAUCACCCACCAAUAAGUGCAUUUCACGCAGAAGGAUUAAACAAUGAUUUUAUCUUUCAUGGCUCAAUCUAUCCCAAACUGAAAUUCUGGGGGAAGAGUGUGGAAGCGGAACCCAAAGGAACCAUCACCUUGGAGCUCCUUGAACACAGUGAAGCCUACACGUGGACUAACCCCACCUGCUGCGUGCACAACAUCAUCGUGGGGAAGCUCUGGAUCGAGCAGUACGGCAGCGUGGAGAUCACAAACCACAAGACUGGGGACAAAUGUGUGCUGAAUUUUAAGCCGUGUGGCCUUUUCGGUAAGGAACUGCACAAAGUUGAAGGCUACAUUCAAGAUAAAAGCAAGAAGAAGCUGUGUGCCCUCUAUGGGAAGUGGACCGAGUGUCUGUACAGUGUUGAUCCUGCCACUUUUGAGGCUUGCAAAAAAAAUGAAAAGAAAAACAUGGAAGAGAAGAAGAGCAGCAAACAGCUGAGUACCUCCGAGGAGUCGGAUGAAAUGCCAAUGCCGGACUCAGAAAGCGUGUUUGUCAUUCCUGGGAGUGUCCUCCUCUGGCGAAUAGCCCCGCGGCCUCCUAAUUCAGCCCAGAUGUAUAACUUCACUAGCUUUGCAAUGGUUCUGAAUGAAGUGGACAAGGAAAUGGAGAGUGUGAUUCCUAAGACGGACUGCAGGCUACGGCCUGAUAUCAGAGCCAUGGAAAAUGGAGAAAUAGAUCAAGCCAGUGAAGAAAAAAAACGACUUGAAGAAAAACAAAGAGCAGCCCGCAAGAACAGGUCCAAGUCGGAAGAGGACUGGAAGACAAGGUGGUUCCGCCAAGGUCCAAAUCCAUACAGUGGAGCCCAAGACUGGAUCUACUCCGGCAGCUAUUGGGACAGAAACUAUUCCAAUUUGCCUGACAUUUAUUAAAGUGGCAGACAAGUCAGGGUGUUUGGCUAAUCUACAGAUAAGUCUUAAACCUAGGUUUUUAAAUUUUUUUCCUGGUUUCUAUUCAUCUUUUAAAAAAAAAGUCUGCUCAUGAGAUAACAUGCAUUUCACCCAACAAAAGUAGGGCACAUGGUGAUGAUGAAAGCCUUAGGAGAGCUGCAUAACUUUGCUAUCCAAAACAACUUAUUUGGAAGACUGUUUUAUACAGAGGUGAGAGUGAGUGCUGGAGACCGCGCUUUUUAUGGUUGCUGUUGCCAUAUUUCCUGAAGGUUUAUACCCAAAUGUGACUUUAGCUUUAUGGAGUUCUAUAGCAAUCCCAAAUCAAGUUAUUUUGAAUAUUUUUAUGCUGUCAUGCUUGAAUGUUUUAGAUAUAACUUUGACGUGUUUAGAAUUCUUCUAUACAACGUUCAUGUGCUCAAAUGUAGAGGUGAUGUCAUUUUGUAAACACUACAAUAAGAUGGCUUUUGCUCAUACUAACCUCUCCAUUUUAUCCCUUACUGCCUCCAAAAAGAAAAGAUGCCCGAAAAUUCAGAGUAGGUAAUCCUGAUAGGAAAAUCCUAAACUGGACAAGGUGUUUCAUUUACUUAUUUUAGUGUUCUGAAUUCACUUUUAUAAUUUCUGAAAUCAAUGAGUUAAAAUGUUUAAAUUGUACAUGUUUGAAUUGAAAAUAUGUAUAAAAUCUAGCCAUUCACAAAAUAUUCUAAACAUAGGUUGUAGUCAUUCCAUAAUGACAAAGCUUUUUACAUGCUUUAGCUUCCAGCGGCAGAUGCCCCCCCGAGAAAGUGAGCCGCACUCAUGCGUGUGUGUGAGCGUUCAACUGUUAUGAAAGGAGGUCUUGUGCAUUUCGAGUUGCAAGGUACCUGUGUACUUAAAUAUGUAUGGAGACCGACUGUACAGUAGUUUUGCCCCUUUAAUUGGGGUAUACUAAUCUAAUCUUGUAGUAUUUAUCCAUCCAACCCCCAGAUUGAGAUACUGCUCCCAGGGGCCUUAGGUAGUUGCCAGUAAGUUAUUUUAACGCUGUCUUGAAACUAACCAAUGUUAUGAAAUAAUCUACCUGAUGCUAAAUAAAGGCUUUAGAAUGUCCA